CACUUUUCGAAUUUUCGCCCCAACGCUCAUCGGCUUUUUCUCCCCUUGAUAACUGCAACCUUCCAUUCCAUUGUCGCAAAGAUUGCGUCCCUUGUCCUUGGUGGAGCUCCGACUCUAGACUAUACCCAGUUGGAUCAGCCAUCAUUUACUUGUUGAGUCCUUAUCUUUCUUUCUCUAUCCUUCCUUUUUGUCGGGGGUAUCUUUGCCAUUUUCUACACAAUGAUCAUUCCCACUGUUUUCCUGAGUCUCCUGCUGGUACUGCUUCAUUGCUCUAGUUUCUGCGACUCCUUCACUACUUUGAGUCGGUCUCGACAAUUCACAAAAGUCAACUAUGGUCUCUGCUUAUUAAAACCAUCCACCACUUGCCUACUCAGGAAGCCGACCUCUCCAAGUGGAUUCUUCAUGGCAGAAGACAACGAGUCCAGCGAAGCAGAAGCACCAGCGAAGGGCGAAAAAGAGUUGGAUGAGGUGGACAGGAGCAGUAUCUUCAAAUCAAUACUACUGGCGGUUCCCCUCUUUUGCAAAUUCAUCAUUGUGCUCGUCAUCAAAUUCUUGACAGAUCUUGUCGUCUUUCCCUUGCUGAUUCUCUAUCGACUAGGACGGCGCACCAAGAGACGGAUCAUGAAACUGUUUGAAAAAAAGAGUGAUGAAACCAGCACCAGCAGCGGUGAUGCACCUGCUCCAUGACAUGCCUUUCCCAUUUGGCUGCGUGUAGUCUUUGUAAAAUUAGUAUUUUAGAUUCUAUACUUAUUGUU